AUGAGUAAAGAUUUGUCUCUGUCAUUUCUAAACACUGACUCAAGCAUACAAUCAAAACAAAGCGCAAGCACAGACAAUCAGCGCAGCAAUGCAUUUAGAGAGCUAUUUGAUCCUGUAUUUGUGAAUCUAAGAGUGAUGAUCCCCAGAAAGAUAGAGAAAAUAUUCAAAGGUGUAGACAGGAUUGACUUUAUGUACGAUUUUAUAGACUCAAAUUAUAUAGAAAUUGUUGAAAUGCAAAGUGGAAAUACGUUCUUUAGAAUAUUUACUUGUGACUAUGAGCACUUUCCCUUUAAAGAUAAGAACGAACUAACUAAUGAAUUAGAAGCUGUGAAUGGAACAGCUACAAAUAGAAUGGGGAUAGUGUUUGUUUUCGGAGGGAAAAGUUCAGAAACGCAUGCAAAAUGGAGCAAAACAGGAAAUACAAGGAAUCAAUCAUAA